GAGGAGAUGGUUGCCGGUGACUACGUGGUCACUGGAGCCAUCCCACUGGGUCAGGAGCCCCCCGCCACCCCCGAGGCUGGCCUGGACAGUGUGGACCCCGGAGUGGACGAGUAUGACUUUAAGGAGUAUGACCUAGGGGGCGAGUUGGACAAUAAGCAGUAUGAGUACGGGGUGUUUGAUGAGAAUGGCAAUGAGCUACCCAACCCCACUGGUACGGCUGAAGAAGAGGUGGGGCUGGGGGUUCCCGCGGUAACGGAGGAACUCGCCCAGACUACCCUCGGUAUGAAGGAACUCACGCUGGUGUCCUCCCAGUCUUCACAGGUGGCUGGUGGUGGGGAGAAAGGCGAGAAGGGCGAACCUGCUGUGAUUGAACCUGGCAUGCUGAUUGAAGGCCCUCCUGGACCUGCAGGCCCAGCUGCCCCUUGGGUCUACAUGGACCCCCUGGUGUGGCUGGAGAUCCGGGUGACAGGGUGCAGUGUGAACAUUCCUAUAGCCCAGGUGCAGUGUGAACGUUCCUAUAGCCCAGGUGCAGUGUGA